UACAUCCUAAUCAACUAUUACUAUUUGAUCAGUUAACGCAUGCUAUAAAACGAUGGGUAAAAAUAGAUCACGAUAUUGAAUCAGGUGAGGAAAUACAAGAGGUGAUUAAAGACUUGGCAGGCACUCAUGUUGCUAAUAUCAUGCCUAAUCGUGAAG